GCUGUGCUCAUUUCUCUAGCUGCCUCCACUCUGCCCGAGGCUGGCACCAGGCCCUGGUCAUCUGCUUUUCAGUAGAGAAUGGCGGCUGGGAACGGUCCGUGGAUGGCUCUGGCCCUGCUGACCCUGCUGGCCGGGCUGCAGACUCCUGCACUGAGCGAGGUGUCUGUGCAGCCCAACUUCAAACAGGACCAGUUCCUGGGACGCUGGUUCACCAAGGGUCUGGCCUCCAACGCGACCUGGUUCCAGGAGAAGAAGGCAAAGCUGUCCAUGUGCAAGUCGGUGGUGACCGCCGCUGAGGACGGUGCCCUCAACUUGACUGUCACCUACUUCAGGAACACCCAGUGCCAUGUCUGGAACCUGCUGCUGGAACCCACUGGGACCCCCGGCCACUACAGAUACUACAAACCUAAGUGGGGCAGCAACCAUGACGUGCUGGUGGUGGAAACCGACUAUGACCGGUACGCCAUGUUCAUCACACAAAGCACUAACGUCCCAGGCAAGGAGCUGUUCAUGGCCACGCUCUACACUCGCUCACAGAACCCGGUGGCCGAGAGGGAACUGAAUGAGAAGUUCCGCAGCUUUGCCCACUCCCAGGGCUUCACAGAUGAAGCCAUUGUGUUCCUGCACAAAGCCGGUGAGGUCCUAAUCUGUGGGUGGGGCCUCAGCAGAUUAGCUGUCCAAGACUCAGGCCCAGGUCGGGAUUCUGGGGUGGCUUCCUGUGGCCACACUGCCUACUCCGCCCACACGACCUGUCCUCCACCCAGGCCUUGGCACAAGAAUGUCCCCUCCCUGAUGUCCCAAGCACCCUUGUGCCUGGCUUGGGCCAGCUCUAAAGACACAGGGGUCCUCAGCCUGGGGGGGCCUCAGGAGAUUGGUGGGCAGAGGGUCCCCUCUUGGCUUGAAGGCCAAGGAGGGUGGAAUGGGCAGGAGGCUUUGGUCUGAGGACUCCCCCAGAUA